AUGCAGAAAAGCCCUGAAAAUCGACUGGACCAACAAUUCUGCCAGGAAAUAAUUCGCGCUUUCAACAGCAUCUGUGAGACUCUAGGGCCCAAUUCGGAGGGUGCUGUUAUCACGCGCGGCCAAGACUCCAAGUUCUUCUGCACGGUAUACAUACCCUACUACAAAUAUUUUGGGCAUAAUGUUACUCCACACGAUUCUCGACUUCCCCCUUCCCACCAUCGCCCUCGUAACAGGCCACACCUUUGGGGCCGGCUGUCCACUCGCCUUUGCGCACGACUACCGCAUCAUGAACUCGCGGCGCGGAUUCAUGUGCAUGCCGCCUGUGGACCUGGGAUGUAUUUCCCGGGGGUGGGUGUGCUUCCUCGUCUGAAACUGCAUCCGCAGGUAGCACGUAAGGUGCUUCUCGAGGGACACCGAUUCAGCGGCAAAGAGGCUUUGCAGGAUGGAUUGGUUGAUGCGAUUGCGGAGCCGGAGGAUAUGCUGCUUGUGGCGGUGGAGUUGGCGAGGAAAUGGGCGCCUAAGGCAAAGGCUGGUGUUUAUGGACUGUUGGGAUCGGAACUCCGGGGAGAGAUGAGUCGUAGUUUGCAGCAGAUCAGUUACGUUCAUAGUCGGUCGACUUUUUCGCCGGGCAUAUCUAAGAUCUAA